UUAAACACGGAAAUGUGGACAUAAAGUGUAAGAUGGGUUCGCAGACACUAGAGAUAUUACGCCAAGGUGUUUGGGCAUCGUUAACUGGGGGAUGGUUUUAUGAUCCUCAUCAGAAUUUGUUUUGCAACACUGUGCAUUUAUAUGUGUGGUUGUUCCUGCUAUGUUUGCCGUUUUCUAUCUACCUGUACUUCCCGCCUGCGAGUCUCGGUUGGAUCAUAUACUGCGCGUUAGUUGCGGUGCUAUUCGCCGGCCUGAAGCUGUUGAACCACGGCCUGCACCACAUGUACGACACCACCGAGUGCAUCAUCGUGCAGCCGCCCAGCGACCCCAACGCCACUGAGAACACUGCUCCUGACGAAGGCAUGGAGAUGCAAAUGCUGAAGUUGGGCGGAGCGCCGGCGACGGGGAGUGACAACGAGUCAGUCACUUCGCUCGAGUACCACAAGCCUAAUAACAGCACUAUAGAUUUAAAAGUAGAUGUCCACCGAAAGAACAGUUCGGAGUCUAGUAUGGAAGACAGCGCCAUGUCUGCCAAGCAGGCGGAGGCUGUGGCCGCUACCAAGUCGGACCUGUGCGUGGCGCAGGCCGCCGACAUGCCCGGCCCUUCCAAAACCCGUCCAGCUGCCAGGAGCCGAUCUAAAUCCGGCCACAGAAGGGAACGGACCUCCAAAAGGAGGACGCACGGUACCCGCAUCGACGAACUAAUAGGUGAAGCCUCUAGAAGUAACAGGGUCGAGAACAAUUUGCCCGUUCAUAUGCUAGUCGACGAAGGCCCCUUCGCCAAAGUAAGUAGGCGGUACCACGAGUGCCCACAUCGUCGCGGAUCAAGUAACAAGGACUUUUUCAAAGAGUGGUUAUACCUCGAUGGUAGUGAGGCUACCGGGGAACCUUACCAGUCCAAGUUCGCUCGACAACUCAGCUCCGACUCGAGAGAUAACUCCGAGCCUAGCGUCGGUCCGCCGUCUCCUAAAAAGAGGACAGCGCACCGUCGGAGGUACGCUAACUACCCAGAUGAAAGUUGUACCAAGUCCGCAAUGGCGCUGGCAACACAGCAGUCCUCCAACAUGCGCAGAAACUCCAACUCCACAAUGUCCACUAUUCAGCUCCCACUUUUGAAUUCAACCGCACAACUUGUAUCGCAUAUGAGGAGGCACUCCAACAAUGCUGAUACUGGAUUCUUCGCCAGUGUAGAGCUUGGUGAAUACAUGAUGGUGAAGGCCGAAGCCCCAGCGGGCGAAACAGAAAAGAGUAAAGGAAAGAGUUCAGGAUUUAGGAGAAUUAAAAGCGCCGCGUUAGAAAUUGGGUGUCCACCUCCGAGUGUUUCGAACCUAUCCCCCCAUCCUAAUAGCGCAGAAACUAUCGGUGGUCAGAUGCUAAAGAACCCUAAAAGCGCAGUUAUUCCACCCCCUAGUAAAAGCUUAACUCGAGGUCCACAUUUAAAUCUGUACCCAAAGAAUGAAUCAGGAGAAGGAUGUAGCUAUCCAUAUCUAACUUACGGUUCUGAAAUUGUAUACCCAAUCGCUGAAAUAUCUGAUGAGAUGCAAACAUCUCAGAAAGAAACUGACCUAGACUCGAGUGGAGAGAGCUACAGUGAUUACGAUGAUGAGAAGCAGUUCCGAGGCUUCGACUGGGACGCCGAGCAGUCACCAGCGAUGCGCUCCAGUGACUCUGACUACGAAAACAACGGAUCCAGGUCGCCAUUGCUUGACAGGCCCUCAGACGUGCGAGUGGUGCGGAGUAAAACUCACGGGGACAGCAAGAAGCACUGCUGCGAGCGACACACAAACAAACAUAACUUGGACUGUCCCAACGACAAAAGUAAACCAGUAAGACUGAAAAAGCUUCCCAAACACGAGCCACAAUAUGAAGCUAAGCGUUCCGAUAGAGCAGCACCUCCUUGCUGCGAAUGUAAAACCAACAUCAAUCCUAACGUUGACUAUUUUGAAAAGGCCAGCGCUAGUUCCAAAGACUUAUUAAUAGAAAAAUCUAGUUUAGAGUCUAAUGAGGCCCAAGAGCAGCCCGAGAAACAAUCAGAAGACAAAAAAGUCGUCGAAAAGAAACCGUGGGACCACAAUAUCUGUAAUUCUAGCAGUAGCAGCGAUACUUACGUCGAGGGAGUUGCGAAAAUGUUCAAACCAGAAAAGAACAUUGCUCCCGAAACUGAGGAGUCGCAAGUAACUUGUGACAGCAGCCGCAGUGCCGACGAGCGCAGCGUGUACAGCCUGGACUGGCUCUUCGAGGAGGCCGACCUCGCCGGCUGCAAGGACGCAGGCGCCUGCGCGCUCUCUGAAGAUGUAUUGAACCAGAAACUAGCCAACGCCCUCGGCGAAUCGUCUUCCAAUGUUCCAAAAAACUUGGGAGCUAUACCAAAGCAGAUAAAAAACUUAGCGCGUUCGCGAGCUUCCUCGCAGAAGGAGAACAAGAAGAGAGAUUCUAAAAAAGAAAAAGAUGAGAAUCAAAAUGAAGAAGUAUCCUUCGACGCGGUGGAAGCUCAGGCUGCUUUGGUACAAGGGUUGGAAUGCUUGUUUGCGGCGACCAACGCCAACACCGUGGUGAUGCCGCCCACCAACCGGGACGAGCGCCAGCGCAGCCACAGGCAGAGCAUUCGGGGCGAGAGAGAGAAUUCGCACAAAACUAGGAAACGUUCCAUUGAAGAAGUAGCACAAACCUCUACUAACACCCUUCUUCCCACCUCCAUGCCUUUACUGGCAGCGUUCCUCAACUCCAGGGUGGACUUCGGACCUUGUUGCGCACCAGCGCAUGCCGCGGCCAGCGCCGAGCUAGCUCCGCCACAGAACGCGCAGGCGCAGGAGGAGCCACCGCGGUUCAGGCCAUUGAUGGAUAGAAACCAUAGGAACCGCAUUAGAAAAAUUAAACGUUCAACCCGACAGCGAAAUAAUCCUUCUCAUCAGAACAAUGCAAACAAAAGAAACAAGCAGCCAGCUCCGGACACCUCCAAUAACUCUAAUAAUGUUCACUUUGCGACGUCAUUCGACGACACGACGGACGGUGCAAUACACUGCUUCAUGGACGAGUAUGGCAACUGGAUGUCGUACACCUUUGAUAAGAACAGUUCAGGUCGUGCACAGGCACAACCAAUUCCUUUACCGGAGAAGGAAGAUGGAAUGCGCAUUAACAGGGUCAAACCUAUCGAUAACCCCGACAACUCGCAAGAAACUGCCGGCGAAGGCAGCUGUGGCUCUCUAGAAUCUGAAGCUGGCAACAGUGAAAGUAUCCCAAAAACUAAACGCGGAGACAGCAUCGACCAAAGUUCCUCCAACCAGGGCAGUAACAACCCGCUCCUGUCGAGCAAUAACAACGUGUCGGCCGUUGUACCCAUUAACACGAAUAAUGCCAACAAGCGGUUCUACGUGUUUGACGGAGGGACCGGCGCACACGCGGACCAACCGCGCUCCCCCGUGGCGUACGUCACUGACAGCUUACUAGAACAAAUAGAGGCUGAGAGACAAUCGCGCAUGGGUCUACCGAGCAUGCAUAUAAACUUCCUCAUGAACCAGCAGAGGGCGCAACAGAUGGCUCAGCAACAAGCUGAGAACACAUACGCCAAUAUACCGAGCCUGAUGCCCUCGAUAGGCGAGGAGAGCGUAGAAAUAAACCUUAGAAGUAAAUUCUCUAAAUUAAUGGACGAAAUGGAGAAGGCGAAUCAGCCUAAACCAAAGAGUUAUUACAAGUUCAAACUUUCAAAAUGUUUCGAACUAAAAGUUACCAUGGACAGAUUGCAACUGAUGGCAUUGUUUGAUCGAAACUUGACGUUCAAGGAAACCUUUGUCACAAUAUUUCUGGCUGUGAUGGUGGCGGUGCUGGGUUCCAUGGUGUUGAACCUCGGCUUCUACAGGGAUAUAUACGCGUUUUGGUUUUGUUUCAUCAUGGCGGGCAGUCAGUACUCGCUACUAAAAAGUGUCCAGCCGGACUCCGCGUCACCAGUGCAUGGCUUCAACAAGAUGGUGGUGUUCUCUCGUCCGGUCUACUUCUGUAUCUGCACGGCACUAUUGUGCGGGGUGCACAGUUACUUAGAACAAACUGCGCCCUUUACGGACGAGGACCACACGAGACGAAAACGAAGUGUAGACGUCACAAAACCUAUCACGAUAUACGGAUUUGAGAUGAAUGAAAGAGAUUUUUUACUCAUCAUUCAAGAUGUACUAUCAAAGUUCCUCUUAUUUUUUCCUUUGGCAUUCAGCUUGGGGUUAUUCCCUCAAGUGAACACAUUCCUCAUGUACUUCUUGGAGCAGAUAGACAUGCACGUCUUCGGUGGCAACGCGACGAGCAGUCUGAGCGCGGCCGUGUACUGCGUGGUGCGGUCCGUGGCCGCCAUCGGGGUGCUGUACGGGUUCGCGUACAGCGGGCUCGUCGAGGGGAAGAAAUCUCAGCACCAGAAGCACAACAUACUGUUUUCAAUAUUCUGCGGCCUCUUGGUGCCCAUAGCGUACCACCUGAGUCGCAGUGCGAGCGACUACACGCUCAUCUGGAACUUGAUAAAGAAACAUUUGUUGCCGCCGGAGUUGUACGUGAUACACACUCCGGAAUGUUCCCCGGAGACUGACAAAUCGGACCCCAACACGCUGACUGAAGACAAAAAGAACAAUUCAGAGAGUAAUAUAUCGAAACAGAAUUCUAUAGGAAGUUCAGCGUCUAAGAUCAACUUUAGUUCGGAGACGAAUAUUGCUAAGCAGAAGAGGUCGCAGACGUCGAGCGUUAGUUCGUUGAAGAUGGACCCUCGGGGAGGGGACACGAUGAACUCCACGAACUCCCUGAAGGGUGAGGUGCCUACAGAAGAUGACAAGACCCAGGAUACAAGUACUACGAACGUGAAGGCAGACUCUGAGAAGCCGGACGAGGACAUGGAGGACCCGCUGCCGAAGAAGUUGCAGGCGACGGUGAACGCGCGGCUCAAGAACGACGUCAUCGUGUGCACGUUCCUCGGACUCUUCGUGUUCGGCCUGCACUGCACCACUGUCUUCACCACGCUACGCCCACAACUCAAUACGGCGCUAUGGAUAAUAGCGGGCGUUCUGGGCUGGGCGCUGCACUACGCGGUCCCGCAGCUGCGCAAGCAACAGCCGUGGCUGUGUCUGGCCGGGCCCGUGCUGCGCCAGCACGAGCACGCGCAGUUCGAGGUCACCGAGCCCGCCAGGCUCAUGUGCUUCGAGAAGAUGUUCGUGUACCUGAGCUUCCUAGAGCGCAACGUGCUGUACCCGGGCGUGGUGCUGGCGGCCACGUCGCAGGACGCGCCCGCGCUGGCCGCCAAGUACGGGGACGGCCUCGCCGCACUCAUCGUGUGCGUCUGCGCACUCAAGUGCCUAAGAAACGCUUAUUCAGAGCCCGAGUCCCAGUACUUGAUCCUGGUGUUCGCAGUGCUCCUCUUCCAAAGAGACCUCAGCAGUCGCAAGAUAUCAGAGACUUUCCUCGUAGACUACUUCAUCACUGCCAUCAUCUUCAGCAAGGUCUACGAGUUCCUGCUCAAAGUGCAGUUCGUGGUGACAUACAUCGCGCCGUGGCAGAUCACGUGGGGGAGCGCGUUCCACGCGUUCGCGCAACCAUUCUCCGUGCCCCACUCCGCCAUGUUGUUCCUGCAGGCCGCCGUCUCCGCUCUGCUCUCCUCGCCACUCACCCCCGCACUCGGUAGUGCAAUAUUCAUGACAUCGUACGUGCGCCCCGUCAAGUUCUGGGAGCGCGACUACAACACGAAGCGAGUGGACCAGAGCAAUACGCGGCUCUCUUCUCAACUCGAGCGGAACUUAGGAGCUGACGAUAACAACCUGAAUUCAAUAUUCUACGAGCACCUGACUCGGUCGCUGCAGCACUACCUGUGUGGAGACCUCAUGCUCGGCCGGUGGGGACAGGUCCAGCAGGGAGACUGCUUCGUAUUAGCAUCAGACUACCUAAAUUGCCUGGUCCACAUAGUAGAAAUGGGCAAUGGACUGGUGUCCUUCCAGCUGAGAGGGCUAGAGUUCAGAGGGACCUACUGCCAACAGAGAGAGGUUGAGGCCAUCUCCGAAGGCCCUGAGGAGAGCAGUGAGGGUGUAUGCGGCGGGUCGUGGUGGUGCGGGGGGCGCGCGCUGUCGCUGGGCGCGAUGUGGGCGCUGAUAUAUAUCAGUGGCGUAAUGUACAGAGGGUGUAUGCGGCGGGUCGUGGUGGUGCGGGGGGCGCGCGCUGUCUCUGGGCGCGAUGUGGGCGCUGAUAUAUAUCAGUGGCAGGGUGUAUGCGGCGGGUCGUGGUGGUGCGGGGGGCGCGCGCUGUCUCUGGGCGCGAUGUGGGCGCUGAUAUAUAUCAGUGGCGUAAUGUACAGAGGGUGUAUGCGGCGGGUCGUGGUGGUGACCACGCUGUGCUUCGCGCUCAGUCUGCUCGGCCGCCGGGCGCUCGCCGCCGCCCAGCAUCUCUCCGCCUCCAGCGUGGAGUUCUUCCUAUACGGCCUACACUCGCUAUUCAAGGGCGACUUCCGCAUCACGUGCGCGCGCGACGAGUGGGUGUUCACCGACAUGUCCCUGCUGCACUCCGUGCUGGCGCCCGCCAUACGGAUGGCACUCAAACUGCACCAGGACCACUUCAUGUUCCCUGAGGAGUAUUGCAGCAGUUCAGCUCUGUACUGCGCCAUAGCGUCCCACGCCCAGCGCCUCGUCAUCUGCCACGAGGCGGCCCCCGCCUGGAGGUACAACGUGCUGCGGGGCGCGCCGCAUCUACUCGCACUCAGACACGUGAUGGACGAGGGUAACGACGAUUACAAGAUAAUAAUGCUGAACAAGCGCCACCUUGGGUUCCGCGUCAUCAAACUCAACCGCGAGUGUGUCCGCGGACUGUGGGCUGGUCAGCAACAGGAACUGGUCUACCUCAGGAACAGGAACCCUGAACGAGGGUCUAUUCAGAACGCUAAACAGGCUCUCCGCAACAUAAUAAACUCGUCGUGCGACCAGCCCAUAGGCUACCCAAUCUACGUGUCCCCGCUAACGACAUCGUACGCCGACACGUCCCCCCAGCUGUGCGAGCUACUGGGCGGCCCGCUCACGGUCUCCGCCAUACGACAGCGACUGGCCGCCGCCUGGAGACGGCAUCCUAUAUUACUGGGCGGCCCGCUCACGGUCUCCGCCAUACGACAGCGACUGGCCGCCGCCUGGAGACGAAUCCGUCGUCGUUGCGGCGAGGGCUGUUCGUCAGGCGGCGCGGGCGGCGCGUGCGAGGCGGCGGCGGCCGAGGCGGGCGCGGCGCGGCCACACACGCCGCGACACAGCGCGCUGCAUCUGUCCAGGACCUCGCUCGCGGGCACGCGCGGUAGUUUAGCCAGUGCGGGCAAACCGACGUCGUCUACUCUAGCGUCCCUGGCAGGACUACUGCGGGACCAUUCGCACGACAGACCGAUAGACCGCACGCACGACGACUCCGCCGCGAGUGGAGUGGCGGGGGCGGCGGGGGGCGCGGGGGGCGCGCCGCGCGGGGCCGACCGCAGGGGGCGCCCGCGCGCCGCGGGGAAGGAGGGGGGGCGACAGAGCGGCCCCCGCAUGCGUCGCGCGGCGCCGGCGUCGUUCCGCCUGCUGGGCGCGGCCGACGGCGCGCGGCUCGAGCCCGGCGCGGGCUCCUCGCAGCCCAACGACGACACGCAGAGUGCGGCGGGCAGUAACUGGGAGUGCGCGUGGCGAGACCAACCGAGACGGGCCGCCAGUGCUAAGGUAUCCAGCAGUAGAGGAGGUCCAAGCGCCGAGUCAUCUCUGGAGGACCUGACUUUAACUCCGACAGGUCUAGACCUGUCUCUGCCGGACUGUAAGAUCAUCGCCAACAGAAACGCCAGGCAAGACAGAGACUUUAAAAGGUACUAUGUCAAUGAAAUGACUCCGAAAGACUUGUCGAAACUCAGUAAAGAGAUUCGACACGAAAGGGAGAGCUAUAGAGAGCUAACAGGCCGCUACAUAGAGAAACCUGAAGCUAUACCUCUAAAGGAAACCCACUAUUCAGACUUAUCAAACAAAGAAUCGAUACUCAAGAAAGAAGCUAAAAAGGACUCUAAAGCCAAAGAAAUAAAGACUAAAAUUAAACGGUCGGACUCUGGUAGGAGUGAGUUAAAAGUGAAUGUCAGUGUGGGCAGUAAGGUGUUGAUAAUAGAGCCGCUGGGAGUGUACGACUGUAUCAACUUGGGGAGGAGGAUCGACGUACAGUGGCCCUCCGAGGCCGAGAGGGAGAGGGGGGGGCGCAACUACUGGGGGACUUGGGUGCCCCUCGCCGGGAUGGACGGACUGGUGGUACACAAAUGGACGCCCAACCACAGAGACCCCAAGCUCCGCUCCCACGUCGACAAGAGCAUACUACUCAUACAAAUUGACGACAAAUUCGUACCCAUAGCCGAAAACUGCGUACAAGACCUCGGCGACGAAGUCUGAACCUUACACCUAAAAACACAAGGUCGAAAUCACAUCAGACAACAUGUAUGAACAUUUCAAUAUAUAUUAUUACAAGUCUGAACCUUAUAUGUAUAACAAUAAGGUCGAUAAUACCUUCUUUAUAGGAAUCUUUGACGAUAGAAACUCUGUUUAGAUAAAUUGCAUGAGUCCUGACAGUUGGGACGCUUGCACGAUCUCGGUGUUGAAUUAUGAACCUUAUGUGUACAGUAGUAAGGUGUGUUAUGCUUAUGUUUAAUUAACGCAACUGAUGCAGUUCCUUUUAAAGACUUGUGACGUAAUUAAUGAUUUAUUGAGUUAAUUCUAAUCAUAUAUUUGAGAAAUUGUUUUGUAUCUGUUGAAAAUAUUUCUUUAAUUGAAAUCUUACGGAGUCGCGGAGUUACCGGGGCUCUGGCUCGAAGCGCAGGAGU